UACCACCAAAUCCAAAACAGUAUCUAUCAUCUUCACUUCUUUAACAUUGCACUCAAUCUUAACCAAAUAAAAAAAUGGAUUCCGAAAUCGUCUUCGAUAAUUCUCCAGGCUAUCGAGUCUACAAGAAUGGCCGCAUCGAGCGUCUCAUCGGAGAAACAAUUGUCCCACCGUCUCUAAACCCACAAAACGGCGUCGUUUCCAAAGACACCCUCUAUUCGCCGGGGAACAACCUCUCCGUCCGCAUAUACCUCCCGGAAAAAACCUCCGAGACCGGUGAAAAGCUUCCAGUCCUCGUCUACUUCCACGGUGGUGGCUUCAUCAUCGAAUCCGCUUUCUCACCGACUUACCACAAUUUCCUCACAUCCGCCGUCGCCGCCGCAGACUGCUUAGCGAUCUCGGUGGAUUACCGCCGCGCGCCGGAGUUUCCGAUUCCGAUCCCGUACGAGGAUUCAUGGAAUUCGCUCAAAUGGGUAUUCUCUCAUAUCGACGGAUCUGGACCGGAAAACUGGAUAAACAAACACGCCGAUUUCGGAAAAGUACUCCUCGCCGGAGACAGCGCCGGAGGAAACAUCGCGCAUCAUCUAGCGAUUCGAGCGAGAAAAGAGAAACUAGAAUCGUUAAUUUCUGGGAUUAUCUUGAUCCAUCCUUAUUUUUGGGGGAAAACUCCGAUUGACGAAAUGGAGACGAGAGACGAGACGAAGAGGAAGAGGAUCGAAAGGAGCUGGGGAAUCGCGAGUCCGAAUAGCGAAAACGGAGCGGAUGAUCCGUUGAUUAACGUGGUCGGAUCCGAAUCGUCGGAUCUAUCCGGAUUGGGUUGCGGACGGGUUUUGGUAAUUGUAGCCGGAGACGACGCGUUUGUGAGGCAAGGUUUGGUUUACGCGGCGAAGGUGGAGAAGAGUGGAUGGGAAGGAGAAGUUGAGGUGAUGGAGAUUAAAGAAGAAGGUCAUGUUCAUCAUUUGAAGAAUCCUUUUACUGAUAAUGCUCGUUUAGUGGUGGAGAAACUUGCAGAGUUUGUUAACAAGUGAAAAGAUUAUGAUUAUAAAUUAACGAAUAAUUAUUUUUAGAUGUGAAAUUAGUUACAUGUAGCUAUGAUUAUUCCCAAACACAUACGUGUUUUAAAUAUGAGAUAAGUUACUUGCAGCCUAAGAUUUGUAUACAUAUAAAAAAAUGGAUUCCAAUAAAAAGGGAAAUAAUACAAAA